UCGACCAUUCCCCGCCAUUGGGAGCUUUCCCCGCCGCCGCCGCCGCUGUGUUUCCACAGUUGCGAGCUGCCAACGCCGAACGCGCGCUGCUCCACGCCGCGAACACUGUGAUAUUCGCCCCGCGCUUCCGUGGUCGUGGGUGGGCUUGAGCUGACAGCGCCGCUAUCCGUUCUCUUCGGCUCCUUCCGCAAGAUCCCCGAGCAGUUGGUGAGUUAGCCACCUCAACGCAGAGAGGCGCUAAAGGAUUUGUCAAUCGAUGGCUCGCUCCAAGAAGACAGCCGCUAUUCUACAGAAGAUGAAGGAGACAGAAGAGUGUGCCGCAUCGACCCAAGCUGAUGACGAGAUCGGGAGGGAGGAAAGUAGAGAAGAAGAUCAACAUGAAUCGGACAGUGAAGAAGAGUAUCAGCAAGAGGAGGAGAGCGAAGAUGAUGACCAAGAUGAUGAGAGUGAAGAAGACGAGGAAGUAGGAAGCAAAGAGGAUGAUGGUCAGGAUGGAGAAGACGCGCCACAUGAAGCUUCAGAACGUCACGCGAUCACAAGCAAGAAGCGCCGUCGGGCUUUUUCUGACGCCGAUUUGCACUACGUCCCGAUCAUGAAAAAUCGGCAGAAGUCGUUGGAGGCCUUCGAGGCUUAGUUGGAGAGAUACAGCCGCACGACUAGCGCGAAGACGGGAGUGAGCGAGACAUUAAACGUGCCGCUGCAUAAUCGGCGGCUCAAGAAGCAGAAGCAGUACCUAGGCAAGCCGAAAUCCAAGAUUCCGUUUGUACCUG